AUGAGUUUCAAGGGCUUCCAAAAGAGCAUCGCGCGCGCCCCGCAGCAGUUCAAGGUCAAGUUCAACAUUGGCGAGCACUCCUCGGAUGCCGUCUACUCCGACGCCGAGCGCCGCUUCCAGGAGCUUGAGACCGAGACCAAGAAGCUGCACGACGAGUCCAAGAAGUACUUUGACGCCAUCAAUGGCAUGCUGAACCACCAGAUCGAAUUCUCUAAAGCCAUCGCCGAGCUGUACAAGCCCAUCUCCGGACGUGCCUCCGAUCCCAACUCCUACCAAUUUGAGGGCAACCCCGAGGGCAUCCAGGCCUGCGAAGACUACGAGGUCAUCGUGCGCGAGCUGCAGGAGGCGCUCCGUCCGGAGCUGGAGCUCAUCGACAGCCGGAUCAUCAGCCCGGCUGACCAGCUGCUCGAGGUGAUCAAGGUGAUUCGCAAGGUCGCUGUCAAGCGCGACCACAAGAAACUCGACUACGACCGCCGCACGGCCACCCUGAAGAAGUUGGAGGAAAAGAAGGACAAAUCCCUCAAGGAUGAGAAAGCGCUGUACAAGGCCGAGAACGACGUCGAACAAGCAACCCAGGAGUACAACUACUACAACGAUCUGCUGAAGGAGGAGCUGCCCAAGCUGUUUACCCUCGAGGCCGAGUUCAUCCGCCCGCUAUUUCAAUCCUUCUACUAUAUGCAACUUAACGUCUUCUACACCCUGCACGAGCGCAUGCAGGGCAUGCAAAUCCCCUACUUCAACCUGGACCUGGAUGUCGAGGAGGCCUUUGAGCAGAAGCGCGGUGAUGUGAAGGAGCGUACCGAGGCCCUCAGCAUCGUCCACUUCAAGACCAAGGGAACUGUUCGUCGUUCGGACUCAAAGCUCAAGCCUGGCCUGCGCGGGUCGGCGGACAUCAAGGGCUCGAUUAACCGUGCCCGCUCUUCCUCCACCACCGGCAGCCCUCCGCCGCCGUACUCGUCUGCUGGCAGCCCCAACAGUCCUUCCGGUGCCUUUUCUGACGCAGCCAAGAGCAAGGGUGCUCCGCCGCCACCACGGGCGAAACCCUCGCAUCUCAGCCGCCCGGCUGAGACCGUGACUGCGUUGUAUGACUACGAGGCCCAGGCUCAUGGAGAUCUUGGUUUUUCUGCCGGCGAUGUGAUCGAGAUUGUGCACCGUACGGAUAAUCAGAACGAGUGGUGGACGGGUCGGGUCGAUGGCCGCGAGGGCCAGUUUCCAGCCAACUAUGUGCAAUUGAAUUAG